CUUUAUUCUAUGAUUACAGCCAGCACAUUCGCGGAUUUUUAUGGGCUUACGACGGGCGCUUACCGCGUUUGAAUUUUGUUAAUUUUAUGCCAUUUGAACAAAUACGGAAAAUGCCGGACGAAUUCAGUGUGAAGCUGUGUCAGCUUGUGCAGAGGCACCCUGAACUUUACGACAUAUUCAAUGAAAGUUUUCAUAACGAAGAGGUCAAGAACAACGCUUGGCAGAAGAUUGCGCAGGGCCUGGGAGUGCAACAGUCUAAAUGCGUGAUCAAGUGGAAGUCUCUGAAACAUCAGUACGUGAAGGCAAAGAAGGAAUCGAACCCUACGUGGGACCUGUGGCCUUUUCUUCAGUUUCUCGACGAUACACCAGCGGCUAAAAGCGCUCCAAAGAAGCGUAAGCGCGAAAGUACUGCCACUCCGAUGACGAUGGAAAUUCCUGUUGAAGACAUCGAGAUGCCCAGUGCUGUUGAUGCUGACAUGGAAAAGUUGGAAACAAGGGCAGCAGCAACCAGAAGUUCUCGCUCGACACGUACUUCCUCAAUCCACAAACAAACGGUUGUCACAUCUCUGAAGAGUGUAUUUACUAGUACUGAAGCUGGUGCGCCACUGCAGCCUGUGACCACCACUUUAAAGGCAAGUCCUGAAAAGAAAGAAACAAAGCGAGCUACGACAAGGACUGCUCGUUCAAAAAGAACUGGUAUAACCACAACAGAGGGCUCAGAGCAAAGCUUUCUCUCGCAGAUACCAUUCUUGUAUUGGAGGGUUUCCUCAGCUCACAAGGACACGAUCGGUGAACUGGACAGCGCAGAGACUGGCACGCCACUGCAGACUGUCGAUGACGCACCAGAGCCAGUCAUACCACAGCCAAGCAGCAAGUUGCCUGAGCCUGUAUUACCUACACCGACCAGAAGUGCAGCUCGUAGACAGAGUGCGCGGGCUUCCACGGUUCACCUUGAUACCAAUGUGGCCUCUGCAACACGUAGAGUGAAUGGCGCUUCAUCUGGAACACCACUCAAGGCUGGGACUGCCAACUCGCAUGGGACAGCCAUGGCAUCAACCGCAGUGGCCAUGCAGCCAGAAGUUGUCCUGUCGCGCAUACCUGUGCUGUCUAACAAGUUCAUCCGCAAUGAAAAGCCUGUAGCACUUCCAGUGGCAAGUCCAGAGAAAGCUACAGUGUCGGAUGUUGUCCGCAAGGAGAGCCCCAGAAAAGCAGCCGCAGCAUCACCAGCACCUUCCAAGGGCAGAGUGAGCAACACUCCUCGGGGAAGGCGAAGCAUGAGGGCUGCACCUGCUGAAAUUAUUCCAGAAGAAGAGGAGGAGGACAGCUCAAAUGUUGAACCACUUCAGCCUAAACGUCCAAGAAUUGAAGGAAAUGGCGUUGGUGCUGAUGACCUAGCAGAUGCACUUGCAGGCAUGAAGUUUGAUACUGCACUGAACCAGAAGUUCUUCAAGCAGCUGCAAGAAAAAUUUGCUAAACUCAGGCCAGAAGUUGUAUCAACCAUGAAAGCCAGCAUCUUUAAAAUGCUCGACGAAGCAGCAAACAAUUGAAAUGUUGAUUUUUUUUUAAGUUUCUGUGCAGUUGUUUUAUUUUAUUUUUUUAUCUGCUGAAUUGUAAGAGUAUCUUAAUUCCAUCUCUGGAGCUAGAGAAAAACAUAUGCUUUGUUUGGCAACAGUUUAUACUCAUUGACAUCUAUUUUACUACAAAUACACUCCAUGUUUUUUUUUUUUUUUUUAAGUGUUAACAUUCAUUUAGAUUGGCACAUUAGAAUUUUAUCUGUUUUGAGAUCUCAGCUUCAGAGGGCAAACAUGAUUGUUCUGCACAGCCAGGUGUCUUUUGUGACAUGUUCAAUAAAAAUUGAAUUCACA